CCGAUAGCGCAGGAAAGCGGAGCGCAGCGGCGCCGGCGCCCGCAUGGCGGUGCGCGCCUGAGGUUGCGCGCGCGCAGGUGCUCAGUCGACGCAAUGCGCUUCCUUUGGAACGGCCUGCGCCUGCUCGCGCUGCUCCACGCCGUCAUGCCCAGCGCGGGGCUCCCCAAGGGCCGCGGGCUGGCGCUGCUGGCCGCCAGCAAAUUGGGUGCCGCCCUCGACGGCUUCGGCAGCUUCGCCGGCACUAACAGCUUCCGCCUCUUUGGAAAGCUCCCCGAGAAGGCUGGAGGCGGCGGCGGGAGGCAGCCGGGAAGUCGAGGACCUGGAGCCGCCGCGGGAUCCGGACGAGCGGCCACCAUCGCCGCCUCCACCGCCACCAAAACCACGCCAGGCCACGCCCGCGCCGCCGCGAUCCGCGCGCGAGUGGUGGCAGCAGCAGCGGGACGCGUUCCUGCGGCGCCAUCGCCAGGCGGUGGAGGCGUUCAACGCCCAGCUGCGAUCGCGAGGCCGCGUGGCGCGAUCUCUUCCGGCAGCGGACUGAGCCCCAAGCUGAGUGCAGGGCCAAGAACGUACUUCUUGUGUGCGGUAGUUACCCUAAAAGCCCAUUCACAAACAUAAACAUAAGCAUGGCGUUAACAUAAAAGUUAGGAUUACGUCCAUAAGCGGACUCGUUCGCAUAAGCAUAACACGUAAGACGUGAACUUAAAAAGCUUGCAAGCUUCUGGGCUUAU